AUGUACACAGAAAUUAACAGUCCUAUUGACUCAAAAUCUAGGUCAUAUAUUUUAAGUGAUUGCAAUGAGAUUGAUGUUACACCUAAGGACUCGAUAUCUUACUCUAUAAAUAUUGAUAACUCACCAAAAUUGGUAUUAGAGAAUGGUGACUUAAAUAUACUACAUCAGUGGGAUUGGAUUAGUCACUUUUUGCUAUUUUGCUUUCAUGAUAGAUUUCAUGUCAUGUUAGCUAUGAGCUGGUAUUCUUUAAUUGUUUUGAUUUGUUGUAUGCAUUUAUUUCUCGCAAUAAUAUUUGCAUGUUGUCUAUAUGUAAUUACACUGGGGGAUACCCUUAAUUGUAUAGGGAGUAAUGAACUUGGAGCCUUGGAGUACUUCUUUUUUGCUAUUGAGACCAUGUUUUCAGUUGGUUAUGGAUCUCCACGAUCUCCAACGUGUAUAGUAACUGAUUACUUUGUUGCAGUAAUGGCCAUAAGUAGCUCCAUCUUAAAUUCACUUACUGUUGGUAUUUUUUUUGCUAAAUUUUCAGAUGCAACAUCGAGACGUUGGUCUAUAUGUUUCUCAAAAGAACUUUGUGGCAUUGGAUUUGAGAAAUCACCUCAGGAAUUUUUCUGUCAUACAAAUACAAAUAUAACCAAUACCUUAGAUUAUUCGACUCCUAUUAGAGUUUCUACGGGUAUAGAUGAUUCUUGUCCAUUUAUACUAUCAUUUAGACUUAUAAAUAUUUCUCAUGAAUCAUUUACAUCUCCAAAACUUAAGGUUUUUUUAUUGGUUCAUAGUAACCAAGGGUUAUCUAUUGCUGAAGUUACAACAUAUAAGUUAGAUGUACCAUUAGAAUUUAUGGAAAUACCUAUUACUGUUACAAUGAUUUCAAAUGACCCCACAUCACCUUUAAAAGAUUUAACACUAGGGGAAAUUCGAAACAAGGGACAUCUAUUGGAACUUAUGGUACUAUUACAUUUUGUUGAUAAUAGGACAUCUAAAAGUAUUGAAGUUAGAAAAAGCUGGAAACUCAGCAAUAUUACUUGGGGAUAUAGAUUUGCUCCCAUUGUAAGGAGACCUUUAACUCAAGAUGGGGUGAUGUAUGAAGUUGGAGUAUCAGAUGUAGAUAAUGUUGAACCUGCUCUCUCUGGUACGUAUACUUAA